UGUAGUUUCUAAGAAUAAUAACCCUGAUGUGGACAUAAAAAAUUCAAACAUCAAACAGGGCUUAAAAGACUAUAUUGAUGCUGGCCAUUCAAAAAUAUCAUUCUUGAUAUAUAGUAUAAUUGGCUG